UGGCAUUUCUCUCAGUCUGCGUCUUCCCCUUCUCUGGCUGCUUUACUCGAUGUACGCUGGUCCUGCGGGUAGAAUCUCAGCUCCCCCCACUCUGGGGUUUGGAUCCCAUAGCCCGGCGAGAGAGAGGAUCCCAGGACGAAGGAGAGAAAAGAGUGACAGAGAGUGAGAGAGGAGAGAAUCUCACCCAAAGAUGAUCAUUAUCUCAACGCUGGUGAGCCUCCUGCAACCGGUGCUGACGGCGUUGUCGGGGGCUGUGCUGUGGCAGGGCCUGGAGCACUGGUAUUUCCUGCUGGGCCUGCGCUUGCUGGCCAUGUACUUUGCCAGUUCGCCGUGGGAGAGUGCACACCAGGAUAUGGCGUGUGCCUGGAGCCCCGGCCAGGAGGCGGAGACCCGGACCUUCUGCACCUCGGUCUGCUACAACCGCCACUUCCUGGACCCUGUCAGGCCCACCUGGGGCUUCUCCUUCCUCAUUGCCCUUCUCCCCAUCACCAUCAUCAGAAUGCUGUACCCCAAAGAGGAUCCUCACGGCAAGGGGGGGCAGGAGGUCACAGCGACGGCCACAUGCAACAAAGCCACCGAGCACAGGUUGGCGGUAGAAUCCUACAUGGCUGCCAGACCCAAGAUGGGAGGGGAAUCCAACAUGGCCACUAAAUCCAACAUGGCUGCCACGGUCCGGCCGGUGGGAGACUCCAACAUGGCCGCCAUCCCCAAGCUGGUUGGCGCAACCAAUGUGGCUGCCAGAGACAACACGGUUGGCAUCAGUGCUGUGACCAGGUUGUCAGCAGGACCCAACAUGGCCGCCUUCCCCAAGCUGGUUGGCGCAACCAAUGUGGCUGCCAGAGACAACACGGUUGGCAUCAGUGCUGUGACCAGGUUGUCAGCAGGACCCGACAUGGCCGCCCGGCCGCUCUGGCAUGCUGGAGUCUUCACCGUGUGCAUCGCUGUGCUGCUGGCUACCGAGAUUGGCUUCUUGUGGGCCUUGCUGGCCCGGCAGCUGCCCAUGGUGUCAGGAGUUUUCUUCCGCUGCUUCCCCAGUACCCCGGCCUGUCCCCCUGCCCUCGAGUGCGCCGUGCGGGGCCAGGCCGACAAGCACAUGGCUCUGGUCAUCCUGGCCCUCACAACCUGUGUCAGCAUCCUGAUCUGCCUAGGCUAUGGGGGCGUGUGGCUAGGCCGGGCCACCUGUUGCCAUGGGAGACAGGAGCGGGAGUGUGCCCCAGAGGUGGGACGCAUGAGGGAGGGGAGUAUGUGCUGUGAUGGGUGUCAAGAGGAUGUUGGACAUCAUCUCGACGCUAUUGAACCUACUGCAACCGGUGCUGUCGGCGUUGUCGGAGGCUAA